AGGGUAAAAGCACAUCCACAAGGCCGGCUGCUGCUGUCACGGACUACUCCGUGCGACGGCCAUUUUGUCACAGUUCGCGCCUGCGCAUUGGGGAACAUCCGGGUCGCGCGGAGCGCCUGCGCAUUGGGGAACAUCCGGGUCGCGCGGAGCGCCUGCGCACUGGAGGUGCGAAUGUUGGGAUGGCGGCCGCGGGCGGUGAGGAGGCGGACUCGGACGACGGCAGCGAGGAGCUGGUACUCACCCCCCUACAGCUCAUCCGCAGCCUGGAGCAGGCCUGGCUGAACGAGAAAUUUGCCCCCGAGCUGCUGGAGAGCAAACCUGAGAUCAUUGAGUGCGUGGUGGAGCAGUUGGACCACAUGGAGGCAAACCUAAAACGAGCAAAGAAAGGAGACCUGAAGGUCAGCGUCCAUCGCAUGGAGAUUGAAAGGAUACGUUAUGUGCUCAGUAGCUACUUGCGGUGUAGACUGGUGAAGAUAGAGAAGUUUUUCCCACAUGUGCUGGAGAAGGAGAAAUCUCGAGCCAAAGGGGAGCCUUCCAUUCUAUCACCGGAGGAGUUUGCCUUUGCUAAGGAGUACAUGGCAAACACCGAGACUUAUCUGAAAAAUGUGGCCCUAAAGCACAUGCCACCCAACCUGCAGAAAGUGGCCCUCCUAAAAUCAGUCCCAAAACCCAACCUGGACUCUUUUGUGUUCUUGAGAGUGCUGAAGAGGCAGGAGAACAUCCUGGUUGAGCCAGAGACUGAUGAGCAGAGAGAGUACACCAUUGAUCUGGAGGAGGGCUCACAGCACCUGAUCCGCUACAAGACCAUUGCCCCACUGGUGGCCUCAGGAGCAGUGCAGCUCAUCUGAGCGGGUGGCUUUUCCAGGUCUAUAGCACGCGAGCUGUCACUCCCCCAGCCAUGCCUGUGGACCUGGCCAUGCGGCUCUGCCUGGGCCACUCACCCCCGAUUCGCAAGCUGCUGAAUUCCUAUGAGGAGCUCCGGGGCAGCUGGGGAC